AUGGCCUCCGACGGCGCCUCUUCGAUUUCAGUCACCGUUCGAGUCAGACCGUUCACUAUCCGAGAAGCUGCUCAACUAACAAAAUGCGACGACACAACAAUCUUCCUCGGGGACGGCUCGCUGGCUGCUGCCCCAACUCCAAAGCUCUCCCAAAAAGGCAUCCGGUCCGUCAUCAAAGUCGUCGAUGAAAAGUGUUUAAUAUUCGAUCCUCCCGAAGACAAUCCUGUGCAGAAAUUCUCCCGAUCAGUCGUACCCUCCGGUAAAAGAGUUAAAGACCAGACAUUUGGUUUCGAUCGAAUCUUUGACGAAAAUGCCUCUCAGGGCGAAGUCUACGAAGCCACUACAAGGCCACUGCUGGAUAGCGUCCUGGAUGGAUAUAAUGCAACGGUCUUCGCCUAUGGUGCAACGGGUUGCGGAAAGACUCAUACGAUCACGGGCACCGCUCAAGAACCGGGCAUCAUCUUCUCGGCUAUGAAAGAGCUGUUCGAGAGGGUCCAAGAGCAGUCGGGCGAAAAAAUUACCGAGAUAUCGUUAUCAUACUUGGAAAUUUACAACGAAACCAUCCGCGAUCUGCUCGUCCCCAGCAGCGUCAGAGGCGGGUUGAUGUUGAGAGAGGAUUCGAACCAAGCCGUCUCGGUUGCAGGCCUCUCGAGCCACCAUCCACAAAGUGUCGAAGAGGUCAUGGAGAUGAUUGUGAAAGGGAACGAAAUGCGGACAAUGUCUCCCACAGAAGCCAACGCAACCUCUUCUCGUUCACAUGCUGUGUUGCAGAUCAAUGUUGCCCAGAAAGACAGAAAUGCGGGCGUUGAAGAGCCCCACACAAUGGCCACUUUGAGCAUAAUCGAUCUUGCAGGCAGCGAGCGUGCAAGUGCCACCAAAAAUCGAGGCGAACGACUGCUUGAAGGCGCCAACAUCAACAAGUCCCUUCUGGCGCUGGGCAGUUGUAUCAAUGCCCUCUGCGACCCACGCAAACGCAAUCAUGUUCCCUACAGAAACUCGAAACUCACGCGUCUGCUCAAAUUUUCUCUGGGUGGGAACUGCAAGACUGUGAUGAUCGUCUGCGUUAGUCCUUCAAGUGCACAUUUCGACGAAACGCAAAACACUCUCCGAUACGCCAACCGAGCGAAGAAUAUUCAGACAAAAGUCACCAGAAAUGUGUACAAUGUUAACCGCCAUGUCAAAGACUACCUGGUCAAGAUCGAUGAACAGAUGGCACAGAUCAACGAACUAAAAGCUCAACUAAAGGACGCCGAGACCUUUGCUUUCGCCAAAUUCAAAAAGCAAAAUGAGAAGAAGGAAACCAUUGCGCGGGAAGGAGUCCAAAGGAUCAAAGCGGCAUACGAAAAUUCUGCGGUAGACAGACAAGAACGAACCAACAACAUGAUCAAGCUAAAGCAAAUAGGCCGAAGGAUUGCAAUGUUGUCUUCAUGGAUUUCUGCCUUCGAUGCAGUCUGUGACAACCUAGAAGAAGAAGACCUUAUGAAGAAUAUGCAGGCUGUGAAGAAGACAGCUCAGGGCAUCAUGAUGGAAUUGGAGAGCGGACGACAUCACUGCCAACAGAAAGUUCUGAAGAGCAGCUGGGAUCGGCCCAUGAACACGGCGUUGGAGCAUAGCUUGAAACAGCUGAAGGAAGUGGAUACAGGCGACAUGAUUGACUCGGAGAUGCUUCGACGCGAAGUGGAAAUGCUCAAGCUAAAUGCUGAGCGGGAAUCUUUUGCGGCUUUGGCCGAGCAAGACAAAAAUGGAGACGCACCCACAAUCCAAGUUCUCCUGCGAGCCCACUUUGAGACCAUCUCCGCCAUCGAAAGCUUGAAUCGGAUGAGCGUGGAGGAGGCGGUUGACGCUGCCACUCAGAUCCUGGGUAGGAUGAUCGGUUCCGCGUCUGGCGCAGCAUCCUAUGUCGUCAAACCAGAUGGAAGUCUUGCUCCCGUCGAGGCAUUUGCGCCGACCAAAGCAGGUACCCCCAAACGGCGCAAACAAAGUGUCAACAACUCGCUUCUGGAAGGAAGCCCUGUGAGAGCCAAGCCUGCAACGGUCAUGGCUACUCAUCUCACGGUGUCUCCAGCCAGACCAUCGCCUAGACGUCGGGGUCUGUUGGGAAGCGCAAAGAAGGGUAUCCAGAUAUCCUUUACCCCGAAGAAGAGAAAAGCACCUCUCAAGGGUGUCAAACGAGCUGUCAGAUGGAAAGACGAUAUUGAGGAUGGCGCACUUGCGGAGUUUGAGAAGACGCCGCAGAAAUUUCCAUCGUCGGACGAAUCGACGACUGAAAUCAGCAUGCCCCCAGUCUCAGACCUGACCUCGUCCUUCUCGAAACUGCAAACAAGUUCUCCCAAUUCCUCGCCCAUUCCUCCUCCGCCAGAAACUACUCUAAACAUCCAUCCGAAGGGCAGUCGCUUUCAAGCCGGGUUCCUUUCCAAGAAAUAUGACGGCUCGCCACUCGCCGCAAGCAUGAUGCCACCGAAGAUGACACCACUGUCGUCCUCGGACAGCGAGUCCUCACCACUAAGAGAAAUCGAUCCAAGCAAGGCCUCAAACCGCCGCUCCUUCGUCGCCAUGCAGCAAAGCAAAGAUGCAGCAGAAACGUGCGGUGACGCCGGUAAUAACUCCCAGGCAUCGAACUCAGACAGUGAAAAUCACAGUAGCACCGCUUCCGACAAGGAAGACGUGCUCAGGAUUCGCGAAGCAGUGAAACGCUCCUCGUCCUUUCGCCGAUCAGGCAUUCAUGGUUCUCGCACUCAACGCCGCCGCUCGCCGACUGCCGCAACCGCGGGAGCCGCUGGUUCCCCCACCAACGAGUCGAUGUUUGGCGCCGGCCAUGUUAGGAGAAUGGUGCAUGGCACAAAGAACGACCUUUUGAAGGAGAACGACGCAGGCUCUUGGAAGGUUGGCGUGCUUAGUCCCCGCGUUCAAGGAAUCGUUAGUCAUGGGAAGAGUUCUUUAGGGGCACAGUCGAAUCCUAUGCGACGGACGACCAUGAGUGGGAUGGAUGUGCGAGGCAAUGGGGUGCCCAACGGUGCUAGUGGUGGUCCUGACCGGGCGGGAGGAGUCAGGCUCUCUUCUGUUACGUCUGGCGCAAGUGGGCACGGACAUUCCGCCAGUAGAGGGAGUUUGAUGCCUACUGGGAAAGCGGUAUGGCGUUAA